UGAUAUUUAUUCAAAAAAAAAAAUAUUAAAAUUUUGAAAGCAAAUAUUCAUAAAUAAACUAUGGCUUUUUCAACUCUAAUUAAUAAGAGUCCACACCCUACCAUCACCUCACGAGUAUAGCUAAAGUGAAAAGAAGAGCAUGAAAUGUAUAUAUAUUUAUGUAAAACCCAUUUUUUUUUUUAUAUUAUUAAUUAACAAUCAAAGCCAAAACAACGGUCCAUAAUGGAAGUAGCACUGACAUCAUCGUCACCACAAACAUCAUCAGCAGCAGUCAAAGCCAUCCCCAUCGCUUCCGAUUCAUCCAAACCCAACCACUCCCGGUACCGGAAGCGGAGAAACAUUUGCCUCUGCACUUGUUCCGUUCUCUCCCUACUAAUCUUGGUAUUGGUGAUUUUAGCCUUGACAGUGUUUAAACCAAAGGACCCCACCACGACUGUCAACACCUUCUCCAUAAAAGAUCUGGAUCUCGACAUCCAACCGCUCAGAGUCGAUCUCAAUCUCACCCUCGGUUUAGAUGUGUCCAUAAAAAAUAAGAAUAAGGUUGGAUUCAAGUACAAGAACUGUACCGCCGCCUUGAACUACAGGGGUCAACAGGUAGGCUCGAUCGACCUUCCCGCCGACGAGAUUCCUUCCGACAAGACGAAACGGAUGAACAUAACGCUGACUAUCAUGGUGGAUCGACUCCUCUCGGAAACCAAGUUCUACUCCGAUGUGCUCGCUGGAUUGAUGCCCAUGAACACUUACAUCAAGAUGUCCGGCAAAGUUAAGAUCCUCGGUAUCUUCAAGAUUCAUGUCAAAACCACAUCUUCAUGCGAUUUCAAUGUGCGAAUUUCGACUAGAAGUAUUACCGAUGAAAGCUGCACUAAUAAGGCAAAAUUAUAAUUUUGUAUUAACAUCUCAAUAAAUUGGUUGUGUUUAUAAAAUUUUACAGAGUUUUCCCUAUCCGCCAGAUUUUCUGAUUUUGUAAACACGUGAUUUGGAUGUUACAGGCUGUAGUACUUUUUGUUUGUUUGUCUUUUAUUUAUGUUGUUCACAAAUAGAAAGUGCCAAUAAUGUAAUUUUGAGUGUUAUAGUACACAACAGAUAAAAUAUAUAUAUAAGAUUCGUAGUUAA